UACUGAACAUGUCCUAUCAGACCAUUUAAUCAGCUACAGUUGUGACCGCCGCAGCAUAAACAUCUCUUUGGAAACUGUUGGAAUGUGGAGAGUGGGAAGGAGGUGCUGAGAUGCCAGAGGCAGAGAGUUUUAUUUGCUCUGGGCUCUCUCGUUAUUGCAUAUAAAAGGCUUACAGGGACUGACUUACUAAAGUAGAGGAGAAGGUGGUGAGAAGACAAGUGGAGCUGCUAUUGCAGAGACGAGCACUAGCCAUGGGAAGAGCUGCCCAGAAAAUCCUCCUCUCUUUACUCUGUCUAGCAGCAGCGGUUUGUCAGGCUCAGGACACCUGCCCAGAGGUGAGCUUAGUGGGUUUCAACAGUACUGAUCAACUCUCCAUGCUCCAAGGCUGCUCUGGAAUUCCAGGUGCAAAAGGGUCCAGAGGAGACACAGGAAAUGCAGGAACGCGAGGGCAAUGGGGACCUCAGGGGAUCCCUGGAAAGGAGGGACAAACUGGCCCAAACGGAGAAAGAGGUCCUGCUGGCCCCAGUGGACAGAAAGGAGAUAAAGGAGCCCUGGGAGCUACGGGAGCCCCUGGAACUGUUGUGGAGGACGACCUGAACGACAAACAGUGUAAGAAAGGAGCAAAGAACUGCAAGGAGCUGUUAGCUACAGGGAACAUCAUGAGCGGCUGGUACACCAUCUACCCCCAUGACUGUAAAGCCAUGACCGUGCUGUGUGACAUGGACACAGAUGGUGGAGGAUGGAUUGUGUUCCAGAGACGGGUGGAUGGCUCUGUGGAUUUUUACCGUGACUGGAAUUCAUACAAAAGAGGUUUUGGGAGCCGGCUGUCAGAAUUCUGGCUGGGGAAUGAAAAUAUCCAUCUGUUAUCAUUCCUUGGUCCCAAUGAGCUUCGCAUCGAUCUCAGAGAUUUUGACAACAACCAUGAAUUUGCUACCUUCUCGUCAUUCAAAGUUGCAGGAGAGACUGAGAAAUACACGCUGAUCAUUGGACCCUUUGUUACUGGCACUGCAGUGGUGAGGGUAGUGGGUCUCAACAGUACCGAGAAACUCAUUAUUCUCCAAGGCUGCCCUGGAAUUCCGGGUGCUGUAGGGCCCAGAGGAGACCAAGGAACUGCAGGAAAUACAGGACAACGGGGACCUCAGGGGAUCCCUGGCAAGGCGGGGAAAAGUGGCCGAAAAGGACAAAGAGGUGCUGGGGGCCCCCCUGGAAUGAAAGGAGGUAAAGGAGACGUGGGAGACCCUGGACCCCCUGGAACACCUGGAGAGGAAGUGCUUGAGAAAAUGCAGUGUACGAAAGGAGCAAAGAACUGCAAGGAGCUGUUAGCCAGCGGCAACAUCCUGAGCGACUGGUACACCAUCUACCCCCGUGACUGUAACCCCAUGACCGUGCUGUGUGACAUGGACACAGAUGGUGGAGGAUGGAUUGUGUUCCAGAGACGGGUGGAUGGCUCCAUGGAUUUCUUACGUGACUGGAAUUCAUACAAAAGAGGUUUUGGCAGCCAGCUGUCAGAAUUCUGGCUGGGGAACGACAAUAUCCACCUGCUAACUUCCCUUGGAGCCAACGAGCUUCGCGUCGAUCUCAGAGAUUUUGACACCAACUAUCAAUUUGCUACCUACAGAUCAUUCAAAAUUGCAGGGGAGACCGAGAAAUACAAGCUGAUCCUUGGAGCCUUUGUUAAUGGCACUGCAGGGGAUUCCUUAACUGAACACAACGGUAUGAUGUUUACAACCCGAGACCGUGACAACGACUUGUCUAUAACAAACUGUGCUAUAGCCUUUAAAGGGGCCUGGUGGUACAGGGAUUGUCAUAUGUCCAACCUGAAUGGAUUAUACCUGAGUGGAGCCCAUGAAAGCUAUGGUGCUGGGGUGAGUUGGUCUUCAGCCAAAGGGCAGAUGUACUCCUACUGGUGGUCUGAGAUGAAAAUUCGGCCUGUGUAGCCAAUCCGAGAGGCAGUUAUAAUAAUUAUACUUAGCUCUUACAUAGCAUUAUAGGCCUGGCAUAAUGAACAUUUAUCUGGAGAUGACAAUAAAGAUCUUUUCUUUAUGCACCAGUCAGUAGGGGGCAGACAUCAUCAUACACACUUACCCAGUGCAGUGCAGUCCACUAGGACUAGAGCUAGUAAAAAAAGAUUAAAAUAGGUUUUUUUUGUGGGGGGGGGGGGAAUGGAAUUUCUAAGUUGUUUUCAUUGCAGUGGGUUCUAAAUUAACCCAUUUUUGCUUUUGUGGUUUUAAAUAUUUUUGCAGAUUUUUUUUUCAUUCCUCUCUCUGAUAUCAGACACUGUUAUUUUAUUUUAUCAUUUAAAAAAAACCUGGCUUUCUGUAAAGAAAAAAAUGUGGUCGUUAGCCUGAGAACAUUUUCGAAAAGAAUUGCUGAAAACAUUAAAAAACAUGAUUUUUUCCCCUGCCAAAUAAAACAUUACAACCACAUCAAUGAUAUUUCAUGAAAAUUUUCAUGUUUUUUAAAAAGUGUUUGUCCACAGAAUAACUCCUAGUUUGGAAAAUGUCAGCCAGCUCUGUCUAGGUUAUAUCUCCUCUCCUGCCUGGCUCUGCUGUCGCUUGAUUCCAUUCCCAGAAGCACCACGACAGCUCUUACCGCUGCCGUGCAAUUCUUCCUGUGGUGUUAGUGACUCAUUACCCUCAGAUGCUGCCUCUGCCUCUGGAGAACCUUCCCCUCUGUCAAUAAACCAAAGGCUGCUCAAUGA